GUUAACCCGAGGCAGUAACCGGCGUCAUCGAAUCCUUUCUUUCCAGCCAUGGCAGCAAUUGCCGAGAGUCGCGGUAGCAUCGCCUUCUUCACGACCUACAGGCCGCCGGUACCGUUGGACAUCUUCUCGUGCCCCGCCGAUCCGCAGCUCUCGUCGGCGCACAGCGAGGUGCUCCUCACCGACGGCGAGUCCUACAACCAGAACUGCCGCCCCAUCCCCGCCGCAGCGCUCAGCGAGGUCCUCACGUUCCUGGCCAGGAACCCCGAGGCGGCAUCCAGGUGCGGCGCCACGCCGGAGGACGCGGCCGCCGGCCGCGUCACCGGCCUGGUGUUCGUCUCCGAGCGGGACGACGGCCUCGAGACCCUGCACGUGGCCCUGCGCUUCAACGGCGCCGGCGGCGGUGGCGGCUGCGGCAGGGCGCCGGGGAAGGUGGCGGUGCUGCGCCUGGCCGACAUCUACGGCGCCGGCACCUUCGGCGGCGCGCGCAUGGAGGACAGCGGCUGCAUAGCUGGAGGCUUCGAGGAGGGCGGCCGCGCCGUCGGCCACUCGCUCGUCUACGUCUCCACCAAGGAGCUGGUGAGAGCGCGGCGCACCCCGUGGACCGUCGUGUACAAGACCAACCUCGCCGACGGCAGGACCGAGCGCCUCACUCCGCCAGAUCAGUACGACCUGAGCCCGGCCGUGUCGCCGUCGGGGAAGAAGGUUGCGGUAGCGAACUUCAAGUUCCACAGGUGGACCGGCGAGAUCCAGCGCCUCAAGACCGACAUCGUCGUCAUGAACGUGGACAGGAAGGCGCAGGGCGGCCUGCGGCGCAAGGUCCUCAUCCGGGACGGCGGCUGGCCCAGCUGGGGCAGCGACCGCGUCAUCUUCUUCCACCGCGGCAUCGAAGAGGUCCAGACGACCUGGGGCGUGUUCCGCUACGACAUCGCCACCGGGGAGACCGUCCGGGUGACACCGGAGGACCUCGACGCCGUGACUCCGGCGGCCAUCAGCGAGACCAGGGUGGCCGUGGCUACCAUUCGGCAGAAAGCUGGGCAAAACGACGCUAGUCGCGUGGAGGCGCAAUACCGCCACAUCGAGAUCUUCGACGUCGGCGUGCCAAACGAGCCGGCGCGCAUCACCCACAAGAUCCGGGCAGAUGAAGACUACUACAACCCCUUCAUACUCGACGGCGGUGCCCGCAUCGGUUACCACCGCUGCCGAACCAUCUGCAAUCAUGUUCAGGACGGAUCUAAUAAUACUGUCUCAAAGAACUUCCACAAGAUACAAUCCCCGAAGUCGCACGAGGAUGUGGGGCUAUUCAGGGUGUCUGGUGUGUUUCCUACUAUCUCCAAGGAUGGCUCAAAGCUCGCCUUCGUUGACAAUAGUUUCAAAUCCGUUUGGCUCGCUGAUGGUCCAAACUUGCACAAAGUCCACGAGAGAAGGAGUUCGAAUAGCAUCUUUUCGAUAGUGUGGAACCAAAACCCGGAAAAGGACACCUUGUACGUCUGUAUAGGGCCAUCCUUUGAUGCUACCAAGACACUAGACAUCUACGCCAUCUCCAAUGUUUCUGGGGCUCACAAUCAACAGGUGGUGAAUCGUCUCACCAAAGGAGAUUUCAACAAUGCAUUUCCCUCAAGCAACCCGGAAGGGACCAAGUUUGUGUUUCGAUCAACGAGGGAUGGAGGGGAUAAGCAUCACAAAAAUCUGUACAUCAUGGAAGACUCCGACAUGGGGGAGCAUGGAGAAGGCACGGUGACACGUCUAACAGAUGGUCCUUGGACUGACACCCACUGCAGCUGGUCACCUAGAGGGGACUGGAUUGUCUUCUCCUCCUCCCGCGACAAGCCAGCCGGAGCCCCAGAGAAGGACAUACUAGACCCAGGCUUCUUUGCCAUCUUUCUAGUGAACGCUAAUAAUCCUGAUGUGGUGGUGCGGGUGAUGAAGAGCUCGGAUACUAUCGCGGGGCAUGUCACCCACCCGAUGUUCAGCCCGGACAUGAGAAGCAUCGUUGUCACCGCCGACCUUGCCGCGGUGUCCGCCGAGCCCAUCUCAAUGCCUCAGUUCCUGCACUCUGUUAGGCCUUACGGUGAUGUCUUCUCUGUUAACCUUCGUGACACGGUCGACAUUGCCAAGAACGAGAACAUUGAGGAGUUCCACCGUAUCACGCACAGCCGCUAUGAGUAUGCUACACCAGCAUGGACUAAGUUUGCUACCGAUGACCCUGAUACCCAGUGGAGUCAGCUCAUCACCAAGAGCAGCACAGGAUUUGGGGCAGCAUGCCCGCGUUAGGCGCACAUAUACUUUCAUUGGCAAAGAGCGCCAGACUGGGCAUGAUUAUGUUACAUUCAUAUCACCAUACCAGGGACAUGUUACCAGGCUGUUAUAUACUAGUCGCUGCUUUGUUUUUUUUCUCCUGUUAUGCUUGCAAUUGUUGUCAUUUUCAGCUAUGUAAUCAGCCUUUUUGCUUGUAACGGUUUCAUGUAUUUGUCCUAUUUGGAUUUGAAUAACCCUGGCAGCAUAAAUUCAUCCA